AUGGAGUUGUCAAGGAAACCGACGAAUCCUUCUCAACGUCUACCUCCACCAGCCCUUUUUCAAGGUCCGCCAUCUCACAAUGCUUCGAAUAUCUCGUUAGUACCGCCCACAGCACCAGGCUUAGCAACUCCCUCUGGCAGCCAACCGCCCCCCUUGAAUCGGAGCCGGUCGCCUCUAGCGGAGGGCGGGAAUGCCGAGAAAUCAAGCUUGUUAUCACCUUUUGUAUCACGUCGCCCCUCCAAAAAUGACGUAGAUGGAUCCGACGCCAUCUGGCAGGAGAUGCAGAGCGCCCUAUCAGAAGUGGAACUCAGCGCUGUAACAAGCGAAAACGUCUUUGGUGCAAAGCAUUCCGAAGCCUUGGAAGAUCUGCGUAUGAAGCAGUUGAAGCUUGCACAGGCCUGGGCGCGCAGUGAGGCAGGCGAUGAAGUCGUGGAUCCCACUCAAAGCGGCGCAGAUGGAGCCAGUGGGAUGGUCGGCUCUGGACGGCGAGGCGCUGCAGAUGUGACUUCCUCAGAUUCAGCCACUGAACAUAGCGUACGCCGCGGGUCGGGUUUACAUCACACGCUGGACGAGGAAACCGAGAAGGAUAUUCGUCUUGCGCGCAAGCGCCGCGAGGCUAAUGACCGGUACUUUGCAAGGGUCAACCAGGGCGUUUUGGAUGUCGUUGCUAAGCUGGAGGAGGUUGCUCAGGCUAUGCGCACCGUUGAGCGGGAGAGCAAGGAUAUUUGGAGUGACACGGAGAGUGUCGCCACGACGGCGCCGUCAACGACUAAUUCGAAUUGA